UUGUCUUCAGUCUCCGUUAUAAUUAGGAAGUUUUGUUUCAGGAUCAAACGUCCUAACUAUGUGCUAAAGCGACCGGAUGGUCCUCUUGAGCAGAUAAUCGUCGCCAAAGAGACCGCUGCUGUCCGUCCAUUUGUUGUGGGUGCUAUCCUUCGAGAUGUAUCUUUCGACUCCGAAAAUUAUGCAUCUUUCAUGGACCUACAGGAUAAGUUACAUCAAAAUAUUUGUCGGAAGCGUACUCUUGUGGCGAUUGGUACCCAUGAUUUGGAUACCAUAUCUGGCCCUUUCAAAUAUAACGCUGAAAUUCCCAAGGAAAUCAAAUUCAAACCACUUAACCAAACGAAAGAGUUCACUGCGGAUGAAUUGAUGAACUUCUACGCGACUGACAGCCAUUUGAAAGCCUAUCUGCCAAUCAUCCGCGACAAAGAGCGCUAUCCCGUCAUUCGGGAUUCAAAUGGUGUUGUGUGUUCUCUUCCUCCCAUCAUCAAUGGUGAGCACUCGAAAAUAACUCUCAACACAAAGAAUGUUUUUAUCGAGGCAACAGCAACAGAUCUGCAAAAGGCUAUUGUGGUCUUGGACACCGUUGUGACAUUAUUCAGUCAGUAUUGCAAAAAGCCUUUCAAGUGA